UUCUCACUAUCUGCAGCUUCCGGUUUCACUCUGGACUCCAGCGAGCGCGAACUCGGGAAAGCCUUUCACUAUCUCGACUUUUCUCCUGAACCCAGGACUGUUCACAUCAUUGUAAAGUGCAGCUUGGAAUAAAUACCGGACUCUUCUUUCACUCAUGGAUGUUAUUUCGGUUUACUCGAGGCUGUAGUAACUCUUCGGAGAGGAGGAAGAUCACCUGUAACAAUUGACCAAUGACACCUGUUGUCUCUGCGGCGUUCGCUUUAAGAGAAGCUGGGAUAUAAACAGAAACCACGAAGAUAUUUAAACGUUUAAUGACGCUUUUAAGAUGAAGGUGACGGUCAUUUUCGGGGAAACUAGAGUUGUCGUCCCGUGUAAGGACAGUUGGAUGGUACGAGAUUUGAUCGAUCAAGCUACUCAAAGAUACAAGAAGAUUGUUGAACAGGAUGGGGAAUUCCUGGUGCGGACGCUCCAUGUGGAGUAUGUGGACGGGGGGAUCCUGGACCCAGAUGACAUGUUAACAGACCUGGUGGAGGACAAAGAAAAGCUGACGGCAGUGUUUGAGAAGCUGGAGCUCCAGCAGAGGGCGCUGGUGAGUCCCGGGGGCAGUUUUGCAUCCGGUCGCUCCAGUCCAGACCACUCUGAACCCGAACUCAACAUCCUGCAUCCGUACCUGAGCAGUGAGAUAGAGGUCACUCCUUCUGCCCUCAAAUCAACCACGCCUCUCUCAGUGCGGAGCAGCAGUGACCCCGCCCUCGCCCCGCCCCUCGAUGCCAUUUCAUUGGACUCUGAGGACUCCAGCAGACCACAGUCCACUGGAGUUGCUCCACCAGUGACUGUGAAGGGCGGAGCCAUGGAUAAACUUAAGGUAGACAACCUGAUCUCCAGGAAUGGACAAGACACAUUAAGAAGUCUCACGCGGACGGUGGAGAUUUCCGGAGACCAUGGGCCUCUGGGUAUCAAAGUCAUCCCGUACUGCUCUUCAUUAAGUGGAAGGACUCUGGGUCUGAACAUUCGAGCCAUCGAGAAGAACAGCCGCUCGGAGAGAGAGAAGAUCUUUGAAGAGGACGAGUGCAUCGUGCAGAUCAAUGACACCGAGUUAAUAGACAAGUCCUUUGCUCAGUCUCAAGAGGUCUUCCGCCAAGCGAUGUCCUCUUCCUCUACGUCUACUGUACAUUUAGAAGUGCUUCCUGUUGCAAACAAGCUACGCUACGAAAAGAGCCUCAUCGGACAGCUCUUCAACAGCACUGAACCAAACCCUGCGGUUCCUAAAAUCAAGAGUCCGUUCUUGGUUCGUAAACUUACUCCAAGUAAUACAGCGACGCCGUCACCUGAGCCUGUUGCCUCACAAACUCCGCCCAUAAAGGAGGAGGAGCUUCAACGUGCAAGACACACCCCUAUUGAGUCGAAUCAUCAGAGCAGCACACCUUCUCCUCCCGUCAGCACAUCACCUACACUGAGGGAUCACAGUGAAAGCCCGGCUCUCGCUUCAGUGGUUCAUAUGGUGACCAAAAAAGCUGGGAAGAGAAUGAGGAUUGAUUUGAAGAAAGGUACGGAGGGCCUUGGUUUCACUGUGGUAACCAGAGACUCGUCCCUUCAUGGUCCAGGACCCAUUAUGGUCAAGAGCAUCCUGCCCCGCGGAGCAGCUGUGAAAGACGGCCGGCUCAAGUCUGGAGACCGAAUCCUGGAGGUAAAUGGAGUGGACAUCACAGGAAGAACACAAGAGGAGCUGGUGGCUAUGCUGAGGAGCACCAAACUAGGAGAGACCGUGUCCUUGAUAGUAGGAAGACAAGAGGAGUUUUUGCCCAGAGAGCUGAAAGGCGAGGUGUCAGGUCCACUGGUGUCUGAAGACGGCCGAGAGCAGCUGAUGUUUGAAGUUCCUCUGAAUGACUCGGGCUCAGCUGGUCUGGGGGUCAGUCUGAAGGGUAAUAAGUCCCGAGAGACCGGAGAAGACCUGGGCAUCUUUAUCAAGUCCAUCAUCCACGGCGGUGCUGCAAACAAGGAUGGUCGCUUGCGGGUCAAUGACCAGCUGAUAGCAGUGAACAGUGAAUCUCUGGUCGGACGCUCCAACCACGACGCAAUGGAAACCCUGCGGCACUCCAUGUCCACUGAGGGGAACCUGAGAGGAACCAUCCAGCUAGUGGUUCUGCGCAGUCUGGAGCGCUCACCUGCUCAGGAAAAUCAUGAAGUCACUCAAAGUACCAACAGAAACGAGUCUCCUGUUCUUCGUCGUCAUCAUCACCAUCAGAACAGCAACAACACCAACAGUUCUGUACCACAAUCCACAGUGAAUGAGUCUGCUCCUGCUCCAUACAGACCUCAUGGUGGACGUCCGGAGCUGCUGGAGGUGGAUUAUGGGGAAGAUGAUUUCCCUCCUCCACCUUCUGAUCUGGACCUACUGGAAACAAACCCUCCUUACAAACACCAGCCAAAUCGGCCUGAUAUGGAUCCUGUUUCUCAAGUCAGCCACCCCACCAACCAGCAAUACCCUCUACGACAGAAAGUCCCAGAAUACACCACCAACAAGACGUCCAAGAGCAUGGAUUUAGUGGCAGACGAGAGUAACAUGGCCUCCAUUCAAGGGCAGAGACCUGAGCCCAUCUCCUCCAACGGGACGGCGCUGGGACCCCGGUUAGGCCUUCGGAAGUCCAGCUCACUAGAGAGUCUCCAGACGGCAAUGGAGGAGGUCAGUAAAGAUGAAGUGCCCUUCCAUCGUCCACGCGCGCACAUGGUGAGAGGCCGAGGAUGCAACAUGAGCUUCCGUUAUGCCAUCGACAAGUCCUACGAAGGGCCUUCUGAAGCUGAGGAUGAUGACUCUGAGGAAGACUCUGGCAGAGACACACCGGCCAGCAGCUCCUCGCGACAGGACCUCGACAAUGACAGGAAGGUCAAGAAGAAGAAAACAAAGAAGAAGAAAGAGAAAAAGAUCAAAAAGAAGGACGAGCCUGAAGAUCCUGAUAAAAAGACCAAGAAAAAAGGAUUCGGAUUGCUGAGAAACUACGCUCGCAUCAACAAUUUCAGAGAUCCACCUCCCUCCAGCCAAUCCCCUUUCCCACCUGGAGCUCCAGCCAAUAACUAUGCUCAGCCUGCAGUCCCCGCCCCCAGCAGAGAGCCGCCCAAUGAGGACGCGCUAGAGGGGCUUUAUGCAAAAGUGAACAAGCAAAGAACUGCCCCUCCAAAGACUGAAAGUAAUGAAGAACGAUUGCAGCAAAUCAGGAAUCAGCUUCAGCAGAUCAGACCAGCUCCGUCCUAUGAGGACCUGACCGCUCGAAGACGACCAGAGUAUGACCCUUCACGAAUCAGAGGGCCUGAUCCUAGAACAGCUCCCAGAUACAACGACGCCGAUCGCCUGUACACCUCUGUGCCCAGGAAGAAGCCUGUUGACGAAUAUCCGAACCAGAACUGGUCCAAUCAGAGAGACCCUGUCCAUUACCCGAACCCCAUCUACGACAAUCCUCCACGCUCGCCUCGUCUGCCCGUACCCAAACCCACAGAGACCCCGGGCGCUUAUUAUCCAUCAUCCCCAGCGCAACAGAGGCCUCCUCUGAGGCAGGACGUCCCUCUGUCAUCCAAUCAAGGAGCCAGAGAGCCACCGCGAUAUGAGGCGCUAAACCAGGGCAACUACCGAACGGCCAGCCCUGACCGAUACAGCCCAUACGCAGAUGAACAAUAUCAAGACCCCCGGCGGAAAAACCCAAUGAUCGGAGCUGUCUAGAGGAGAAAGAAGAUGGUUGGUGCUGAAAUGCUGAAGUGCUUGUGUAAAAAUGAAGGUAAUUUUGUACAAUUAUGGGACCAAUCUAGUUUUUGGAAGAUUUACGGUAUGAGAUAAAGCUAAUGAUGGUAGCUUGACACAGCCAUGGAUUACUCCAAAGUGAACAGGGUAAAGAUUGUUAAAGAUUUGCUCCAAAUUCGCAUUCUGUAUUGCUCAAAUCUGGACGUCAAGUUUAAAGGGUCAGUUCACCCAUUUUUUAAACACGUGCUGUUCGUUUUCUCAGCAUCGGACCAUUCAAAAUGCACUUUUUUUUCUUCUUCACUAGAACAUUAAAGGGGUAGAUCAUCAAAAAAUGAAAAAAUACUUGCUAUUAACUCUCUCUCAAGUAGUUCCAAACAUUUAUGAGUUUCUUUCAUCUGUUGAACACAAAAAGAAGAUAUUUUAAAGAAAGGUGAGAACGUGUAACCAUUGACUUCUAUAGUAGGAAAAACAAGUAUAUGGAAGUCAAUGCUUACAGGUUUCUAGCUAAAAUAUCUUCUCAAAGAAUCUCAAAUAGGUUUUGAACAAGUGAAGGAAGAGUAAAUGAUGACAGAAUUUUCCUCUUUUUUUGGUCUGUCGUCUUUGGUAAAGCUAAAUAUUCUUUUAGCAAAAAGUAAAAGGGUUGGUUCAUCCAAAACUGAAAGUUCUGUCAUCAUUUACUCUUCCUUUACUUGUUCAAAACCUAUUUGAGUUUCUUUGAGAAGAUAUUUUAAAGAAAGCUAGAAACCUGUAAAUGUUCACUUCUAUAGUAGGAAAAACAAGUAUAUGGAAGUCAAUGGUUACAAGUUUCCACCAUUCUUCAAAAUAUCUUCUCAAAGAUACUCAAAUAGGUUUGGAACAAGUGAAGGAAAAGUAAAUGAUGACAGAAUUUUCAGAUUUGAAUGAACUAACCCCUUUUUUUCCUGAAACUGUGGUCUUUGGUGAGCAAAAUAUUCUUGAAAGUCAGAAAAGCAAACAACUUUGAGAGUCAAACAUACAAGAGAAGUAAAGGGGUUAGUUUAUCCAAAACUGAAAGUUCUGUCAUCAUUUACUCUUCCUUCACUUGUUCCAAACCUAUUUGAGUUUCUUUGAGAAGAUAUUUUGAAGAAAGCUAGAAACCUGUAACCAUUGAUUUCUAGAGUAGGAAAAACAAGUAUAUGGAAGUCAAUGCUUACAGGUUUCCACCUUUCUUCAAAACAUCUUCUCAAAGAAAUUCAAAUAGGUUUGGAAUAAGUGAAGAAAGAGUAAAUGAUGACAGAAUUGUCAGUUUUGGAUGAACUAAUUAGUGAAGCCAAAUAUUCUUAAAAGGCAGAAAAACAAACAACUUUGAGAGUCAAAAAACAAAACAAGCAAAACAAAAUUAAUACGCACUGUAUGGCUCUGGAUGACACAUUGAUUUCUUAUGUAGUAAAUUAUGUUCAGUUUACAGCACAGACUGAUCAGUUAACUUCACAUGACCUCAGGAAGGAAUAAUUUCAUGUUGCCUGUAUGUACUUUAUUUAUGACUCUUAAAGUACCUGAAGCAAUUGACUUCCAUUUUAUGAGCUAAAAUCUUCCAUAAUG